AUGGGAGUUAUACUUCAUGCUCUACCUAACAACAUUGUCCGUGGUCAAGGAACACCACGUGUAGCUCGAGACUAUGUGAUUGCUAAUCAAGACAUGAAACCUUUGGUAUUAACUUUGCAAGAUGAGUUUGAAGAAAAUUAUGGCCCUGCUAUUGCAGCAGCAGAGGACCCUUUUCCAAUUAUCAUCGCCAUAAGAAUCAAAGCUACAACAAAUCAUUAUUUGAGUCUCUCAACUCACCCUUCCUCGGUGAUUUUGGUAGCUCCGACCGCUCAACAAACAAUCAACUUAAAAUCCUGGCAUCAUUCCCAUGCCGAUAUCCUAGCGCGAAUGCUUAAUGAGAGCAGUUACACUAACCCACGCAUACUUCUUCCUCCUGUAAACCAUAAUCGAAUCACUCAUAUUGCUUCCGUUCUUCAACAGAAACCAAUGACUGCCUGGAUUCAAGGUGUUGUUGAGUUGGAUUAUGUACAUCAUAACUUAACUUAUAUAGCUUGUCCCCUUUGUUACUAUCCAAGCAAAAUUGCAAGCAAUUUGCCUGUUACAUGUCAACACUGCCACUCUAACGUAGAUUUAGUUCCUAGAGCUCUCAUUGCAAUUUUACUUAUUGAUAGAACUGGAUCUUUAUGUGCUAUUGAUAUGGAUAUUGAAGCAGAGAAGCUAAUUCAGUAUUCAACCUUGGAACUAUACCAUUUACAACAAGAAGGCGUUGAUCUUGCUCAAUACCUUGCGCAUACUUUACAAGGAAAACUGCUCAUGUGCUACAUUAAGCCCUCUCCUUCCAAAUUCAGACCCAUGAAACGUGCAGCUUAUGAGAUAAUCACAUCCUACUCAGUUGACGAAGUUUUCAAUGCUGAGAAUAUUAACAUGAACAACCUUAACAUCAAUGAUUGACCUUCUGCUUAUUUUG